AAAACCCUAGCACAACCAUGGACAUGACGUUGAAGAGAAGCAAAGUAGAAGAAGAAUCUGUGGAGAAAUUUGCAAUGGCGAAUUGUGCGGAUAUAAUGAAGAGGAACGAGUUGUUAGAACGACCUAAUCUGAUCUUCAAGUGCAAGAAAUGCAAGAAACGAUUUGAAUCAUUUCAAGCACUUGGCGGACACAUGACAAGUCACAAGAAUAAGCUGAAUAAGCUUACGACGAUGAGUACUGCCGGUGAAUUAUUACAUGUUAAUCUACAAAAACACGAAUGCUCUAUUUGUGGUAAAAAUUUUGCAAUUGGACAAGCGUUGGGAGGACAUAUGAGAAAACAUCGAGAUGAAUUGAAUCAACUCGAGCAUAAGAAGAAGAAGAUGAAAUUAGACGAGAGUUUGAUCAAGAGUGGCCGUGAACUUGCAGAAGCUCUGAAUUCGAAGAGUGAUGAACUUGCAGAAGCUCGUCAUGACAAAUUGGAUCUUGAAGGUAGUAAAAGAACUUUGUUCUUGGGUUUGAAUUUGGAUUUGAAUUUGACAAUAGAUGAGAAUGAGUUGAGGACGGGGUAA